AUGAUUAUCAACAGCUAUUUCAAUAUCCGCGGCAGAGCUCAACCCAUACGACUGAUGCUGGCGUAUGCGGGCGUGAAAUACAACGAGAAAGACUACGACAGACCGGGCGCUGAAGACAUGGAAGCGUUUAAAGUUGAUUGGUUUAAGGAGAAAUUCACCCUGGGCUUUGACUUUCCCAACCUACCAUAUUACAUCGAUGGUGGUAAGAAACUGACCCACACUAAAGCCAUUAUGCGACACUUGGCCCGAAAGCACGGACUGGUGGCCACCGACGAGACCGGACUCGAGCGCCAGGAUAUGGUGGAGGAACAAAUGUCGGAUAUUUUGACUGAAUUCUUUAUGGGUGUAUUGUUUACCCCGACCUUUGAAACUGCAAAAGUCAAAUAUAUCGCCGAAACACUACCCAAACAGUUGGAAGCGUUGUCCCAGUUUUUGGGUACCCGUCAGUGGUUUACCGGUAAUAGCAUUACUUAUGUAGACUUUGGUGUCUAUGAAACGCUCGAUUGGUUCAGAAUUUUGAGUCCCGAAACUGUUAAUAAGUACCAGAAUUUGGUUCAAUUGUUGACCCGUUUUGAGAGUUUACCGGCGAUUAAGGCAUACAUGAAAUCACCGGAGUUUAUCAGUUGGCCACUGCUCUCACCGAUGUGUGCCUGGGGCUGGAAAAAAGCUCAACCCAUACGACUGAUGCUGGCCUAUAAGGGCGUGAAAUACACCGAGAAAUACUACGACAGACCGGGCGCUGAAGACAUGGAAGCGUUUAAAGUGGAUUGGUUUAAGGAAAAAUUCACCCUGGGUCUGGACUUUCCCAACGUACCAUAUUACAUCGAUGGUGGUAAGAAACUGACCCACACUAAGGCUAUUAUGCGACACUUGGCCCGAAAGCACGGACUCGUGGCCACCGACGAGACCGGACUCGAGCGCCAGGAUAUGGUAGAGGAACAGAUGGGAGACAUUAAUAUGGAAUUUUUUAUGGGCUUAUUUAACCCAAACUUUGAAACCUUAAAAGUCAAAUACUUGGCCGAAACACUACCCAAACAGUUGGACGGGUUGUCCCAGUUUUUGGGUACCCGUCAGUGGUUUACCGGUAAUAGCAUUACUUAUGUAGACUUCUUGGCGUACGAAAUGCUCGAUUGGUUCCGAAUCUUAAGCCCUGAGACCGUCAAUAAGUACCAGAAUUUGGUUCAAUUGUUGACCCGUUUUGAGAGUUUACCGGCGAUUAAGGCAUACAUGAAAUCACCGGAGUUUAUAAGUUGGCCACUGCUCUCACCGAUGUUUCCCUGGGGCUGGAAAAAGGCUCAACCCAUACGACUGAUGCUGGCCUAUAAGGGCGUGAAAUACAACGAGAAAUCAUACGAGCAAGAGUUUAAAGUGGAGUGGUUUAAGGAAAAAUUCACCCUGGGCUUUGACUUUCCCAACCUGCCAUAUUACAUCGAUGGUUCUAAGAAACUGACCCACACUAAAGCCAUUAUGCGACACUUGGCCCGAAAGCACGGACUGGUGGCCACCGAUGAGACAGGUCUCGAGCGCCAGGAUAUGGUUGAGGAACAGAUGACAGACAUUCAUAUGGAAUUUUUUAUGGCAUUACAUAACCCAAACUUUGAAACAGUAAAAGUUAAAUACAUCGCCGAAACACUGCCCCAACAGUUGGACGCUUUGUCCCAGUUUUUGGGUACCCGUCAGUGGUUUACCGGUAAUCACAUUAAUUAUGUAGACUUUGGUGUUUACGAAAUGCUCGAUUGGUUCCGGAUUUUGAGUCCCGAAACCGUCAAUAAGUACGAGAAUUUGGUUCAAUUGUUGACCCGUUUUGAGAGUUUACCGGCGAUUAAGGCAUACAUGAAAUCACCGGAGUUUAUAAGUUGGCCACUGCUCUCACCGAGGUUUCCCUGGGCUUACUAUAAGAUGCGGGGUUUGGCUCAACCCAUACGACUAAUGCUAAAAUAUAAAGACGUGAAGUUUAAUGAUAAACAUUACGGUAAUGUGGACGCUAAUACCGUGCCAGUAUUUAGGGCUGAUUGGAUGAAAGUAAAAUUCACCCUGGGACUAGACUUUCCCAACCUUCCGUAUUAUAUGGACGGUCCAAUCAAAGUGACCCAAAGUAAUGCUAUUAUGCGAUAUGUGGCCCGAAAGCACGGACUGGUGGCCACCGACGAGACCGGACUCGUGCGCCAGGAUAUGGCGGAGCAACAGUUGGUGGACAUUAGGUAUCAGUUUAUUUUAGGCUUAGUGUUUGCCACAGAUUUUGAAACAGCAAAAGUCAAAUAUUUGGCCGAAACACUGCCCAAACUGUUGGAUGAGUUGUCCCGGUUUUUGGGUACCCGUCAGUGGUUUACCGGUAAUCACAUUAAUUAUGUAGACUUCUUGGCGUAUGAAGUGCUCGAUUGGUUCCGACUCUUCAGUCCUGAGACCGUCAAUAAGUACCAGAAUUUGGUUCAAUUGUUGACCCGUUUUGAGAGUUUACCGGCGAUUAAGGCAUACAUGAAAUCACCGGAGUUUAUAAGUUGGCCACUACUUGGAGGGUACGCUCCGUGGGGUUACAAAAAGUAA